UGACGCAGGAGUUUGCACGUCGGCUACAUGGCUGCAUGGUUGCUCCAUGGAUUAGUUUACCUAGUUGCACGAAAUGUAAACACAUUUGCAAUUAAUAUGGAAGGGCGUGUAUUGACACGAGGAAAUCCCAACACUUUUCUCUCCGGUCUGGUUGAAUUUUGCGUGGAUUCAGUCGCCACCUGUUUUUCCCAGAACGCAGACGAACGUUGCGUCCCCGUCGGUCUCAUCUCUCUGUCUGCGCUGCUUUUCCUGUUCUCAUGCGUUCUGCUCGUGUAUCAGAGGUGCAGAUUUCGGAUUGAGUACCCGGGAGAAACCAUCACAUUCAUCUACAGCCUCCUCGGUAACAUGUGCAGCACAGUUGGAGCCAUUCUGUCCAGACAGCUGCAUAUUCAGAUAUUAAUGGGUGCUAUUGCUGCUACUGUGGAUGCUGCCAAUUUUAUGUCUUGCUGCUUCCCUGUGCUUCUGUGCUGGAACUCAAAAGCGGAAAGGAGGCUGAGGAUGAUGAGAAGCCGGAGGGGGCAGCACCUCCUUGCAGUGUGUGUGUUGAUGGUGGUUGCAGGAGGUUUUUUGAAUUCCAGGGUCACCCACCACCCAGCAGAAGGCCCUCUCAGCGGGAGGAGACUGCUGCACAUCACCAUCCAAGACAACACUGAAAUCCUGGGUUACAUACUUGGCCUGCUUUCCUUUGUCAUCGCCUGUACCUCCAGGUUCCCCGCACUCUUAAGAGCAUACAGGGGACAGAUGUUGACCUGGGCCAACAUGUUCUCUGGACUGAUUUGCUCACUGGCUGGAGCCCUCUACGCUGCUGCCAUACUCCUCUAUGACACUCAGUUUGGGUUUCUUUUAAGAGUCAUGCCGUGGCUGCUGUCAGCGAUAUGCUGUGUCACCCUGGACCUUCUUGUUCUAGUCGUCCACUGGUGCAAGAGAGGAACCAGACAGCAGCCUACCAGUUUUUCUCCAGACACAGAGAGCCUUUUAGGUCGCUCACACAUCCCCACUGAGAAUAACGCUGUCAUGAAGAGACAGAGGAAACAGCAAGUUCAUUCAUCAGCGCAAACAGAAACAAAAAAUGUCCAGAAGAUGACUGAGAUGGGCCGCUAUAUGGAUGUCAGUGUUCAACCUGCAAGAAAAAUAUGCCUUAAGGAGUUGACGAUGUCCAAGGAGGAGGAGCAGCCUCUCAACAGGAGGGUGCGAGUGGACAGUUUCUGCUCCUCCGAUACUUCCUAUGACUCUUCACCAGUGAGUUCUGAUCUGGAGUGGGAUUUCGAAGAGGCAAAUAUCCAGUGGAAUGAACCAACAGCAAAACAACGUGAGGGGGAUGAGUUUCAGGUGGCUGUGUCUGGACUCCAACUGAAAACUCUGUCUGGUACAGAAGAGAGCGCGAGUGUCUCUUCUGCAAGCUUUGCAAAAUGGCAAAGAAAUGUCACUUUCAGUUAGUAAUGUGAUACACAUCUGGUGCAUUCAUUUGAGGGGUAAUAAAAAAGGAUAAACGCUGA